UCCUACCCCAUUUCCGGCUAUCAGAGGAGCGGUUCUUUCCGUCCGCUGGUGCCCCUCCUCCUCCUCUCUAACUCCGGCCACCAACCCCUUUGGUAUCCUUGGAUACUCCGGCGGCUGUGGCGUGUUGCAGCUCCUCGCCGUCCAACAACGGAAGACUGCUUCCUAGACGCCCGCUGCGCGACGCCGCUACAGAGAUCCCGGCGAAGCUGCCGACCAAGUCCCUCCCUUCUGCUCAAACCUGAGAGAGACAAGAGACACGGGGAAUUACGGCGGCGACAUACGCGUGAGUGUCGAUCGAGAAGAAUCUGGGCAUGGUAGCGCGGGCGAGGCGGUUCUUCAUUACUGCGGCUUUGUACCAGUUCCUGAGCCUGUUGUAUGGGACUUAGAAUGUGCCAGCGUUUGCAGCUUGCUUGAGGUCUGAGUAUUUUAGAAGAGUGAACUGCAUAGUUUGUUACUAUUACAGACUUGUUUAUCGAGAACUAAAAGUGCACCUUCGAUGUAUUCUGCUUAAACUGGUGCAGAGCUACUUCAUUCAUCAACUAAAUUCCUUCCCAGCAUAAUGCCCUGCCUUUCUCCAAUUCUGCCUUCUAAUAUCCAUCUUCCUAGUUUCAUAAUUUCUAUAUCCAACAACAUAAAAUUUUCUGAACUUCCAUUUAAACAUUUCUUUAAUCUGGAUGUCCUGGAGUAUCGAAUGAAAUUGCAAGUGUCAAAAUGUUCACUCCAGUCUACAUCAAUUGGCCAAGAUGGUGAAUCUGAUAACUGCUGCAAGAAAGAAUCGAAGAUGAUAUGGACUAGCAUAGGAUCUAAUAUAACAGAAGCACAGAAGAAGGCUAUUUCCCAACUUCCUUUAAAGAUGUCAAACCGCUGCAAGGCCCUUUUGAAGCGUAUUAUCUGUUUUUCUACAGAGACGGACAAUUUAUCCCUCCUCUUAGCUGUUUGGGUGAAAGCCAUGAAACCUAGACGGGCUGAUUGGUUGUCAGUUUUGAAACAGAUUGAAAGGAUGGAGCAUCAUCUACUUUUUGAGGUAAUGGAAUAUGCACUGCUGGAAAAUUCUUUUGAAGCCAAUGUACGUGAUUAUACCAAAUUGAUUGGCCUAUAUGCAAAGCAGAAUCUCUUAGAAAAUGCUGAAAGAUCAUUUUGUGCCAUGAAGCAAAGAGGGUUCCCUUAUGAUCAGGUCACACUUACAGUCCUUAUUCACAUGUACAGCAAGGCUGGACAUUUUGAUCAUGCCAAGGAAGCAUUUGAAGAGAUCGAACUACUUGGUGUACCUGUUGACAAACGAGCUUAUGGCUCGAUGAUAAUGGCUUAUGUCAGGGCUGAAAUGCUUGAGAGUGCAGAAGCUUUAAUGAAAGAACUGGAGGAACAAGAAAUCUAUCCACGAAAAGAAGUUUACAAGGCACUACUUAGAGCUUAUUCCAAUAAAGGCAAUGCUGGUGGAGCUCAAAAGGUUUUCGACUCAAUACAGUUUGCUGGAAUAGUUCCUGACAGUAGGCACUGUGCUCUACUCAUAAGUGCCUACUGCAUUGCUGGGCAGAGUGUAAAAGCGCGCACUGUAUUGGAGAACAUGAGGCUUGCAGGCCUUGAACCCAAUGACCGAUGCAUUGCCUUGAUGCUGGGUGCUUAUGAAAGGGAGAAUGACUUGAAUGCAGCACUCUCUUUUCUGAUAGAACUGGAGCACGAUGGCAUUCUGGUUGCUGAAGAAUCAUCUCUAGUCUUGGCCAGGUGGUUUAGUAGGCUCGGAGUGGUGGGUGAGGUGCAGCAGAUUUUGGAGGAGUUUGCUUCAAGAAGAGAUGAAUAUUGCGCAACUCUUAAUGCUUCAACAACAAAGAGUGGUAAUGCUUCAAAAACCAAGAGAAUGAUGAAAAACAAGACUCCCAUGUUACCAGUAAAUGCUAUUGUGUUAUAGGUAUCAGUCUUGAUAGUCUCUUUGGAAUACUCUGGUUGGAAGAAUUUGAUACAAGGGUUCAACUAUGUUAUAAAGGCAUCCUAUCGAAAUAGCAAAUGUAUGCUCGGUCGCGGAAUCCUGUCGUGACCUAUCAUGCACGUGCUAAAGCGCUUGGGUGCAUCGCCAAUGGGUUGCACAAGCACUCCUAAUUUGGUGUGCUAUGAAUUUCUAACUGAAAGCCAUUAUCCUUGCAAAUUCCUAUUUGAAGUGACUUCUUAAGCUUUGUUUCAACUUAUGUUAGAUUCAAAACCUAUUAUGAGUUUAGAAAAGAAUUUCAUGUAUUAACAAUUUCGUACAGGAGUAAAUUGGCCUAUGAAACAUUUUUAUUGUUUUUGCAAAAACAAAAACAAGGCCUUUCUGUUAGCUGAACUUAAUUAUAUAUUAUCUAUUACUUA